UUAUUAGUCUUUCAAAUUAUAAUUACUUGAUAUAUACUACUUUUAUAUUAAUAUAAGAAAUAGAAGAAUUCUGGGAACUAAGUCAUGUAAAAAUAGUCCAUAAACCAGACAGGCAGAGGGACCCAGCAGAGACGAGCAAAGCCUGCAAGUCAUCACAUUCCAUCAGAAACAUCCAGUUGAAACCAAAUGAAACAGCACUUCAACACCACUAAACAACUGCUGCGACUACUGAACUCAGAAACACGGCAAGAGAUCAUAUUUGAAAUAUGGCUGAGAGUGACCUCCUCUACCCAGAGAACCCAAGGAGGCGGGAAGAAGUACACCAUCUUCACCAACAGCUCCUUGACUGCUUAUCGGAGAGCUUCCGUGCCACCGAUGAGCUGAUUGAAGUUUUAAAUAUGCAUUUGGGGUGCAGGCUGGCCUCCAUUGAGAUGAACAGAAAUGGGACUAUCAAAGAAAACUGUGAUACCAUUAUCCAAGCCGUGAUGAAAAUCCAAAAGGAAUUGCAAAAGGUUGAUGAAGCACUAAAAGAUAAACUAGAGCCAACCCUUUAUAGAAAACUUCAGGAUAUUAAGGAAAGGGAAACAGAGAAAAUUGCAAUCGUACAAAAGGUUAUUUCAGUCAUCCUGGGAGAAGCCACUUCUGCAGCCAGUGCAGUGGCUGUUAAACUCGUGGGCUCAAAUGUCACAACUGGCAUAAUUAACAAGUUGGUCACUGUGUUAGCUCAAAUUGGUGCUUCUCUCCUUGGUAGCAUAGGAGUUGCUGUUCUUGGCCUUGGCAUAGAUAUGGUCUUCCGUGCCAUCCUAGGAGCAGUGGAGAAAACGCAGCUACAAGCAGCCAUCAAAAGUUAUGAGAAGCAUCUGGUGGAAUUCAAGUCAGCCUCAGAAAAAUAUCAUCAUGCCAUUACUGAGGUCACCAAUACAGUGAAACACCAAAUGAAAUAAACAGCCACCUUAUUCGCCACUGGAAUAUUUUCUGCUUCUCUUUCAAUAAUAGUGUUUGGUUUCUUGGAUUAGCUUCAUUUUCCACAAGCUUCCAACAUAGACAUAAAUACCGUAACAGAUUGGGAAGAUUCCUUGAGUUUUGCAUCAGUAACAAAUGUCUGGACCAGUUGGUGCUAAACUGUGGGAGAGAAUCUCAGGAUUCUUCUAACUCUCCUCUACCAGCUCAAUAUUAGGGUACAUGCUAAUGUAGAGUAGCAGGUGUAGGGGUUGCCUUUUCCUUUCUAAUAUCAAGUAAAAAUCUUUAAAAUGUACAUUGAAUGCAAAGGUUUUUAUUCCUAACACUUC